CUUUCUAGAAUCGCGUAAACAUUUCGUCGGACUUGUCGUUGAUGUCUUGUGUUUGGAGUUCAAACUUAUCAGUAGCUAUUUAGACUGAACAUCAUGCAGUUGUUUGUUCGUGGCCAGACUUUGCACUCAGUUCAUCUGAAUGGCUCAGAGACUGUUGCCCAUAUCAAGGCUCAGAUUGAAGCUUUGGAGGGUCUGGCCUGUGAUGAUCAGAUCAUUUCUCUCUGCGGGGUUCCUCUGGAGGAUGAGACACUGAUUUGUCAGUCUGGGAUUGAGGAGUUCAACACUCUUGAGGUCUCAUCAAGGCUUCUAGGAGGCAAAGUCCAUGGUUCCCUGGCUAGAGCAGGCAAAGUCAGAGGACAAACUCCCAAGGUGGACAAGCAGGAAAAGAAAAAGAAAAAGACCGGCAGGGCAAAGAGAAGAAUUCAGUACAACCGGCGCUUUGUCAACUUUGUCCCAACAUUUGAAAAGAAAGGACCAAAUGCCAACUCAUAAUUUGCUCUUCAAAAUAACUGUCAAUGUUCACUUCAUUCCUGAACAACUCACUUUGGCUGACAUUACUAAUGGGAAACAAAAUGUGUAAUAAAAAAAAGUCAGCUGAUUCAUAAAAACUAAUUUUGGGCACUUUAUAUGCUACAUUUGUAAACUGAUUUGUAAAGUAUGUAAUAUAUAAUAAAACUGAAUCACUUUGAUGAAAGAAAAAGCUUUUGUAAAUUGCAAAUAAAAACAUUUAAUUAAACACUGAA